CCCAAUGCCUGGCCACCCCUUCUGGGAACAAAUUCUUCCUGACAUUCAGCCUGAACUUCCCCAGUGCCACCUCACUUCCUGUUACUUGUCACCAGGGGAAGAGACCAACACCUUCCUCAGCAGCAUUCUCCUUGCAGUGAGUUGUAGAGACAAUGACCAUCUUCUUUUCCCAGCUACAGAUGAUCACGAAGCAGAGCUGGAUUUCUGGACUGCUUAAUCAGGAAAUGCGUCAGAGAUAGAAAUGCAGGGUGCUUCAGCAGAUGCCGCCUCAACUAUAGAUACAAAGAGCCAACUGGCAGGCAUCACCUCAACAAGUGUAGAGGAACUCCAGAAGAGGCCACAGUCAGAUGUCCCAGCACAGGAGAGAAGCUGUCGCUGUGUGAGGCAGAAACUUCAACGAGUGAAGCCAGAGAUAGAUUCACUCAUUUUGGAGGAACAAAACAUAUACAAAGCUUGUCUCCCUGGACCAGGCAUCUUCCAGUGCUCUGAGACGGGCCUUGCCUUUGAGGUGGAGUCAGCAGCCAGCAUUGUGUACAGAUACGCCGACUGGAGCACGCAUCUGAAAGAGGCUGACCAGAACUUGUGGGAACCUGCUGGGCCUCUUUUCAACAUCUGGGUGCUGCCUGGAACCGUGCAGGCUGUGUAUCUCCCCCACUUCAUCUGCGUGUCAGAAGCAGACAUCAGUGGGUGCUCCAUUGCCCAUUUUGAAUUUGAGAAGAUGACCAUACAGCAGCCAAAAAAAGUGAUGGCUUUCACUGCUGUCCUGGAGAAUCCCAGCUUCUCUCUUCUUGGGGUGGUUUGGAGAAAGUUACGUUCAGCCUUUUCUCUCCCUGUGCACUCCUUAGUGCUGAUCUUCCAGCAGCUCUACGCUGCAAAUACAACCCUGCAUCUCUACCUGAUCCCAGAUGACAUCUCUGUGAGGCAGGCCAUUGAAAGACAAGAGAUGAGUUGGAACUCAAGGCUUAUUCCCAAGCCUCCUCCAUUCACACGUCUGUUCUUUGGAUACAGAUAUAAGGUCUCCAGCAAACCUAAAGUAAAGAUUAAAUCUGAAACACACUUGCCAUUUUGCUACAAGAGUCCAAAUAAACAACAGUUCUUUGUUGAGAUCUACAUCAAAAAGAUGGCAGAGGAAAUUGAAUUAUUUAUUAGGGAUGGACAGAAUGACACUGUGGUCUGGGAGGCAUCACUGAGAUCAGGUGAUUUCAGACCUUCUAGAAAUGUCUCCAAUAACCCUUCAGGUCAGUACAGGUUUUCCAAGCUGAAUUUGUUGUCUGAAUAUAUACUGGGUUUUUCAAUCUUGUGGCUUACAGCAGAUAAACAACCACCUUUUUUCCAACCCUUACGACUCAUUCUGGACAGAGAAACAAAAAUACAAAACAAAACAAAACAAAAAAACCUUUCUAAGCUUUUAUUCUCUCACUGCUGGCUGCUUGCUUUGUGAACUCGCACAGUGUUGGGGACCCUACAAACUGUUUUGAUUUCUUUGUGAUCAGACAUAAACUAUUUGUAGAGAAUGAGCUACAGCUAAGACAGUUCACAGCACAGAAAUAUUUCACUGGUUUUCAAAUAACUAUUUGUAGAGUUAGAGCAUUUCAUAGCUUAUCACAGAGCCACUGCUUCCCACUUGCUUCAAAUAAUGAAGGAGUACUGGAAGGGACAGUCCCUGGGAUGUCACCAACCUGACCUCCAUCAGCUCUGGCCUUCUACUUACCUUGGCUCCAAUGCUCCCAAUGCUUCCACAGCUGAUGAGGUUGCUUUCUUCUGGUGACUCAGCCUACAGGCCAGCAAGCAGCACUGCUGGGGCACUAGAGGGAAUGGGAGCACGUGGCUGUGGGACAGAGUGAAUAGCCCUUGGGUGUGUUGGCUAGGGUGCAGAGUACCACAGCAGGAAACAGCCUGCCUUGCCACAUGCAGCACUGUAACACAGGCUUUGGUAUCUGCUAGAUGCAGCCUUUUGAAGAAGCACAAGAGAAGGCUUUAUUCCAGGAUGGGGCAGAUCUCCUCCAUUCUACUACUCUUAAGGGAUGAAGGUGUUAUCAACAGUGAAGAAGAACAGGAGGUGCGAGCUCAAAAUACAAAACAAGAGAAGAAUCGAUUUCUGCUGGACCUAGUUGAGAAUAAAGGGUCCAGUGCCCAAGAGAAGCUCUUUCAGGUCCUCAAGAUAAAAGACCCAUUCCUUGUUGAUGACCUGGAGGACUUCCGUCUGGGAAUUUUCAGAAUUUUUGAUCCCAUUUCCUGAACCCAAACCUUUCCGUGUGUCAUGGUUUAAUAAUUUUGUAAUUUUUGCUAUCAGUAUUCCACAUCAUGACAUCAUAUAAACAGUUCUUUUGAGUUCAAGCGUUCAGGAUAGACUGUGGGAGCCUUCGCCAUUUUGCCGAUAAAUUUACAGUAGGCCUCUCGGUUUCAGGAAUCAUUCUCUCUCAUAUUUUUGCUUGAUUUGUUAGCUUAAUUUCAAUUAUAUUGUAUUAUAAUAUGUUAUCAUGUAUUUUCGAUAUUGUAUUUAGUAAACAAGUGUGCCUCCUUAGA